UGCAAGCUUGUGUGUACAGGUAAUUAACUGUCGAUAGCAACAGGCAACAAGGAGGCGACCAGGUAAGGCUACAUUACGCCAUAAAUUCAACGGGAAGAAAUGCUCAUCAAUUAGCUAGCUACAUCCUACGUCAUGCAUGACAGUGACAUACCCUUUCAAAGACGUGUAAUCCAUCCAUCAUGAUUUAUCACCUCAGACCAACAUUUUUUUAUGACCACGUCAGGUUAGUUUUCUUAGCUAUAGUAUACACCAUACGAGGAGACUUCCUAAAAGUUGAUUGAUUCAUGGCAUACAUUUAGUCCGCGUGUGCCGAUUAAAUAACUAAUGGCCAUUUCUAUCUGGCCAAGCAUACAUAUGCUUUGCGUUGACUGUUUCACAGAAUCACCUUCUCUUUCUGCUGCUAUAAAUAUAUAGCCUUCCAAAAGCCAAGCCACCCAACACAACGAAGCCAAAAAAGACAGUUGCUUUGAGAAACGAAAAACUCAAAUGGCCUCCUCUUCCUAUUUCCUUGUCAUCGCCCUUCUUGCAUUGGCCUCAUGGCAGACCAUGGCUUCUGAUCCGAGCCCUCUCCAGGACUUCUGCGUCGCCGAGAACAGCUCACAUGUUCUAGUUAAUGGAUUUGUCUGUAAAGACCCAAAGGAUGUGAAGGCCGAAGACUUCUUCUUGGCGGCCAAACUCGACAUGCCGAGAGACACAAAGGCGAACAAAGUUGGGUCCAAUGUCACUUUGAUCAAUGUAAUGCGGAUUCCUGGCCUCAACACAUUGGGCAUCUCCCUUGCGCGCAUCGACUAUGCACCUCUAGGCGAGAACCCACCGCACACUCACCCGCGUGCCACUGAGAUCCUCACCGUGCUUGAAGGGACCCUUUAUGUCGGCUUUGUCACAUCCAACCCAGACAACAAGUUCUUGUCGAAGGUGCUUAACAAGGGUGACGUGUUUGUAUUCCCAGAAGGUCUCGUCCACUUCCAAUUCAACCCUAACCCCUACAAACCAGCGGUGGCAAUUGCUGCACUUAGCAGCCAGAACCCUGGGGCUAUCACCAUUGCCAACGCUGUGUUUGGGUCAAAACCGGCAAUCUCAGACGAUGUUCUUGCCAAGGCGUUCCAAGUGGAGAAGAAGACUGUAGACUGGCUUCAGGCUCAGUUUUGGGCAGACAACCAGAACUAAUGAUGUCUUGCAUGGACAAACGUUGAAAAUAGAACUGUCUUGGAUCAUAUACAAUAUAUUUGUUUGUUUUAUUGUACUAGCUUCUAAAACAUUUAUCCUCUAUGGUUGAAAUACUCGAUUAAAUAAACUGUUGGUCUAGUUUUACAUGGCACAAAAUAAUAUUUCUAAGCAUACUCUUAAUUUAUUUAAGUUAUAACCCAUAAUCAACUAUAGCUCAGGUGUGGUGAGUACCUAGCAUGCAGAGCUUAAACUAUAGAAAAAUCGAGGAUAGUAC